AUGGUGACAUUGGGCAAGUUGCAAAUUUUUGAAGGUGGAACGAUCCAAUCUCCUGUCAAAGCGUGGGUGCCACUUGAGAUCUGUCAAAAGUGGCACCAUCCCUCCCUGGGGACCCUUUUUUGGCCUGGGGCAACUCGCCACACUUGGAACAAAUCGAUUCCGGCCUUCCAGCCAAAAACUCACAUCCCCAAUCAAUCGUUCAAAUUCAUGGCCACCGAUUUGCCUUUUAAUUUCAGCGCUCAAUUCGGAGGCCGAGGUUCUCUUGACCUCGGCAAUGGCCUCGAUUCGCCAUCUCGAGGCGGAACCAUGGUUAUUCAAAGUUUCAAUAACCAUGGGUCACUUAGGAACGACUCGUUCACCUCUUUGGACUCACCUACACCUAGAAAUGACGGUGGGGACAUACCUCGAGGUUGGGAGUUCCAGAGGACUCCUAACCACGAAGCUAACCCAGGCCGAGAGGAGGUUCUUCCUCGCUUUCGAGAACGCGACGAGCGCUCACGUUCCCCAUCAGGCCAAACGCGCGGCCCCCGAGAUGAUCCUCAGUGGCCACCUCGCGGAUUUCCCAAUCAAUCAGAGUUGCGAGCAUCAAAUCAAUCCGACACGCGAGGAUCACGUGGAAACGACCUACCAAACGGCCCGAGUUCAGGAGAUCAAGUCGUUGACGUUACCCAAACCUUCUCUUGCCCACUCCCUGCGCCAACAAUGCUUACGCUGCAGGCAUUGGCCACGCGGUGCGGCCUAGAAGGCCCAUUCCACGCUUAUGCGAUUGCUCAAGCAGAGGUCUUUGGCGAAAACAAUCAGCAUCUUGCUCAAGUCACCGCAGAUUCAAGACUGUUAAUGGAGAUAGUACAUGUCAAUAGUAAGAUUGACACGUUGAGUGAACAAAUGGUCACAAUGACCAGGGCCGUCAUGGAACUGGCCUCGCAACCAGAAACCGAACGAGGAUCGGCUUCCGGAUCAGCCACUGCCAUCGUGCUAGGAUCCGCUGCAGACAAAUCUACCGUGAAGCCCCAGUGGAAGGCAAGCCCAAAACUUCUCGGGUUGAUCAACCCCUUGGCCCUUAAACUGCUAUUCUCCCCCGUCCUUGAGGCGUAUACCGCCGUCGAGAACGGUUCGGAAGGCUAUCUUCCGAACUCGUUAUUUAAUACUAUGAAGAAAAAAGUGGCCAAAAAAGGGCAGGUGUUUGCCGCUGAACACCUGCCUCGUCAAGUCUGUGGAGUUGAAGAAGCGCCCGACACACAAGCGUACGCUAGCGCCUUGCGAUUGGCGGGCAAACACGCCAGGGAAAAGUUGCACAACAUGCUCUUGGUAGGCAUAUUUGACUCUAAAACCAAAGAGAACGUAGACAUUCCGGUUCCCCAUAUAACAGGGAUGGUGCAACGAGUUGCUGUGAAGUGUGCUGUUGCUGGGGAGAAGGCCGAAGUCGACGCAGUGUGGGCAGCCACCGAUCUGCCCACAACGGGACGAAUCACAUAUCUCCGUCGGGAAGCCGCACGGGUGAUGCUCAAAGGGGGUAGAGGAUCUGAGUCAGUCUGGCGUGCAGUUGACAAGAAGCUUUCCAAGGUGCGAUUGAAGGGCAACAAAGAUUAUACUACGGCCUUCUAUCAGAUUGUCUAUGAUGAGGACCGCCAGUUAUUCGAUGGGAAACUUUGGUUUAAAGACCUGAAAACGCGCGAACCGAAAGUCACUUUAGACUUGCCAUCCAAGGAGGCCAUCAUGGCGCGCAUGUCUUCAGGUAAUGCGAGGCCAUCUGGAUCUGAUACCACCUCGGUUGGGAAUCCAAUAGUUAAUUAA